UAACAUCCCUGCCUUCCUCGCCCUCUGCCCAGGCCUUCAGCAAGAAGAAGAUCGACGACCGAAAGGAGUGGCUCACCAACUUCAUGGAGGACAGGAGGCAGCGAAGGAUGCAUGGCCUGCCGGAGCAAUUUUUAUACGGCACGGCGACAAAGCACCUGUCCUACAACGACUUCAUCAACAAGGAGCUCAUCCUGUUCUCCAACUCUGACAACGAAAGGUCCAUCCCGUCCCUCGUCGACGGCCUAAAGCCCGGCCAGAGGAAGGUGCUGUUCACCUGCAUGAAGAGGAACGACAAGCGGGAGGUGAAGGUGGCCCAGCUAGCCGGCUCGGUGGCUGAGAUGUCCGCCUAUCACCACGGGGAGCAAGCGCUGAUGAUGACCAUCGUGAACUUGGCCCAGAACUUUGUGGGCAGCAACAACCUGAACAUCCUGCAGCCCCUGGGUCAGUUUGGCACCCGGAUUAACGGCGGUAAAGACGCUGCCAGCCCUCGUUACAUCUUCACCAUGCUCAG